AUGUCUUCCGCCGCCUGCAUUUUCUGCAAGAUCAUCAAGGGGGAUAUUCCUUCCUUCAAGCUCUUCGAGAGCGACAAGGUCUUUGCUUUCCUCGAUAUCCAGCCGCUGAGCCGGGGCCAUGCGCUCGUGAUCCCCAAGUUCCACGGCGCUAAGCUGACCGACCUGCCCGACGAAGACCUCCUCGAGAUCUUGCCCGUGGCCAAGAAGAUUGCCAUCGCCAGUGGCGCCUCGGAUUUCAAUAUCCUGCAGAACAAUGGACGCAUUGCCCACCAGGUUGUCGACCAUAUCCCCAAGCCCAACGAGACAGAGGGAUUGGGUAUCGGCUGGCCUGCCCAGGCAACAGACAUGGACAAGCUCAAGGCUCUGCACGAGGAACUCAAGUCUAAGAUUUAG